UUUUUUUGGUAUGGGAGAGAAACGGAAACAGGGGCCGGUUAGCUACUACGGUAAGUUACGGAUACACCUAAGCAUCCGUACCUAGGUAGGUAAUGUACAGGGUACCUAGUCAGGUGGUUGCUGCAGCCUGCAACUGCGCCGUCUUUUCUGCUUUGCUUUGCUUUGCUUUGCUUUGCUUUCUUUUGGCCUUGUUGUCUAUUGUCUGUUGGCUGGUGGUCCACGGGCUGUUGACUCUGCGGUAUGUUGUUUACUGAUUAUUACACUCUCAGGUUACCGCUAUCGGGUAUCCGGUGUCAGAUGUCCACGGCCACUGUCGGUCUCCCCCUGCCUGGGGUUCCAGGGUCUCGCGAUGGGGGGUGUUUGGAGACAAGUACUUGGAACCUCGGUACGCCAAAGCCGCACCUCCAAGUACUCUGGACUUGGUUGAAACUUCAGACUCGCCUAUCUCUGAGGUUAGUAAUGGGGAAAGAUUUGGCCGCAGCUCAGGCUUCCUCGGCCUCAUUCGUCCAUUUCCCAUCGCCUUGCCUCACCUUUUCACACUUCUCAAACUCUGCCCAACGUGAGCUUCACAAGAUUCUGAGGAGAAACAGAGGGAGACAGAGACACAAGAGAAUCAGAAACACGUACCGUAACCCCGUCUCCGCCGUAAUAUCCGCUUUAUGCGAAUGGGAGCGUCGAUGCGACAAGAAACAACCACCGUACUUCAAGCGCAAUGCAGACGGAGAGCCGCCCAACGACCCACCCUUCAGAUCCAAUGAUUUCAGUCCGGACCAAACCCGCUCAGCCGUCCGAGCGUGCCGUCGUGCCGUCCAAGCCCGCCGUCCGCCUCUCGGCCUAUCUGCCACGAGCCUCUCUUGCUUAGAUAUGCUCGGUUGCCCAGGCCACCCAAGAGACGAUUGCUGCAGUCUUUUACCCGGCCUGUACGGAGUACGGUAGACCAAGCAGGUGCCAAUGCCAAGGGCUGCCUAUACAGAGUGCCUGGCGCCCGACAGCUCAGGUCCCGACGCAAACAGACGCGCAAGAAUGCA